AUGUCGGUGAAGUUUCUGAAGGAAAAGAUUUUCAGUCGACGGGGAAAAUCCGAGAAGCCAAAGAAUGCGUACAUCGUCAUUGAGGACUUCAUGAAGCUGCCGGUUUACUUCUACCAUACGAUUGGUCUGAACCCGUACGAGUUGACGGGAACCAACAAUAAGCCCGGAAUUGGAUUUCACAUCCUGUUCCUGCUCCACAUGAUCAAUGCGAAUUUUGUGCUGGCGCUGGAGAUAUUCUUUGUUUACGUGUCCUUCAGGAACAACGAGAACUUUAUCGAGUCCUGCAUGGUGAUGAGCUACAUCGGCUUCGUGAUUGUGGGCGAUCUGAAGAUCGGCGCCGUCCUCCUGCAGAAGCAGAAGCUGACUAAUCUGGUCCGCCAAAUGGAGUCCGUCUUUCCGCCUGCAAGGCAGAAGGAGCAGGAGGAGUACGACGUGCGUCGCUACCUGCGUCGCUGCCUCCGCUACACGAAGGGGUUCGGCGGACUCUACAUGACACUCGUCAUCACCUACAAUUUGUUUGCCAUCUGCCAGUACUCCAUUCAGAAAUGGAUUCUGCACUCGCCGCACGCCAAGCAGACCGUCCCCUAUGUGCCCCUGACUCCCUGGACCUGGCAGGACAACUGGAAGUUCUACCCCACGUAUCUGUCCCAGUCGAUGGCUGGGUACACGGCCACCUGCGGUCACAUCUCCGCCGACCUCAUGAUCUUUGCCGUGGCCAUACAGGUCAUCAUGCACUUUGACCAUCUGGCCAAGUCCCUAACCGAGUUCUCGGUGCGGGCACAGUCCGAGGAGGAUGGCGCUGACAAGGACUUGAAGCAGUUGCAGGAAUUGAUCGCCUAUCACAACAAGAUUCUCGGCCUCACCGACGUGAUGAACGAGGUCUUCGGCUUGGCGCUCUUACUGAAUUUUUUGGCAUCGUCGACGCUGGUCUGCUUUGUGGGAUUCCAGAUAUCUAUCGGCAUCAGUCCCGAAAUGCUGGCCAAACUGAUUCUAAUUCUGAUCUCGGCAAAUUCGGAGAUCUAUCUAAUCUGUAAUUUCAGCCAGAUGCUAAUCGAUGCUAGUGGCAGCAUUUGCUAUGCAGUCUAUGAUAUGAACUGGUCGGAGGCCGAUCCCAGAUUCCGUAAGAUGCUCAUCGUACUGGCCCUUCGCGCCCAGAAGCCUGUCUGUCUCACGGCUACUGUCUUUUUGGAUAUCUCCAUUGAGACCAUGAGCAUCUUUCUGCGGAUGUCGUAUAAGUUCUUCUGUGCAAUUCGUACGAUGUAUCAGUAA